AUGGAAUCUUAUGUUAUAAAGUGCCUUUUGCCACCUUGCAUUCCAUACGCGAGCAUCAACAGAACGGAUUACGUGGAUCGCACAAAAGGCUUUGUCCGCACGCGGCCCAUUCGGGCCAUUCAAGAGGAUCCAUCUCUGAUAACUGGUCACUAUGCCCACAAUCUGAAAGUUAACGGGAUUGAAAGGAAGACAAGGACGUGGCCCACAGCCAUGGAUUGGCGCGAGGAAUACCGACAGUUCCUCUUGCGUGCCAAAUGGUGCAAUGAGGAGCUCUUCGAGUUGUUUUUCGUACACCCUCCCGUGGAUUAUAAGGUCAUGGUAGACUAUCUGAGAGAUAAUCGAAAAUCCAUUUACAUGCACGAUUAUUCGCCUGAAGACCAUGUCGCUUUGGUAGAAAAGAAACGGAUUCCUAGAGGAUCCAUUGGCAAUUUGGGACCAGGCGACUAUCAGACAACCUACGGGCACUUUCACAAUCGUUUGCAUGAAAUGGAGCCGUUUCGCAGUCAUUUGUAUCCAAAGAAAGCUAAAAAGAACUUGUCCCUCGAAAAGUUCGCGGCUGACAUGCGAAAACUCUUCACAAAGUAUAGUGCCUCCACAUAUUUUGACGAAUUAUGCGUUCCAGCCCUGCUGAAGGCCAAAAAUGGCAUUAUGCCGGCUGAACUAAUCGAUCGAUAUCAGUUUCGUAAAUACUGA